AACAGAAAAAACCCAAACCCAUCAACACAUACCAAACUCCCAAUUGCCGGCCAAGACACAAACAAAAACAUACAUACAUUCUUUUCUUGAGCAUCAAUGGUCAAAGAAGAGUAGAACAAAAGUCAGACCAAAAGUAACCACCCUCCUAACCACUUUCUUCCUCUCCAUUCCACCACCGGAUCUCCGUCGUCCAUCACCGGAUCUCCGUCGUCUCAAUGAGUAACACAACGCCUGCAACGCAUUCCGCCGCUACCGAACCUCCAGAUCCAUCUUCUCCGAGAAGAAAUUCAAAGCGACCUAAAUAUUCUAGGUUUACGCAGCAGGAACUUCCGGCGUGUAAACCUAUUUUGACUCCACGAUGGGUGAUCUCUGCAUUUAUGCUUGUAACGAUCGUCUUCGUGCCGAUAGGGCUUGCGUCACUGUUUGCUUCUCGUGACGUAGUUGAAAUUGUUAACCGUUAUGAUGAUGAGUGUGCUCCGUCCGGAUCUAGGAGUGAUAAGGUCCGGUUUAUACAGUCGAAUGCGGAUAAAACGUGCAAUAGAACUCUAACUGUGCCAAAACAUAUGAAGAAGCCUAUUUAUGUGUACUAUCAGCUCGACAACUUUUAUCAGAAUCAUCGAAGGUAUGUUAAGAGCCGAAGUGAUCAGCAAUUAAGGAGCCGAAACAAAGAGAAUGACGUAAGCACUUGUAAGCCUGAAGAUACUGUAAAUGGAACAACGAUUGUGCCUUGUGGACUUGUAGCAUGGAGUAUGUUUAACGAUACUUUCAGCUUCUCCAUUAAUAAUAAUGGGCAAUUGCCUGUAACGAAGAAAGAUAUUUCGUGGAAAAGUGAUAGGGAUCAUAAGUUUGGCAAAGAUGUCUUCCCUAAGAAUUUUCAAAAUGGAACUCUUAUUGGUGGUGCACAUCUCAAUGAAUCAAUACCGUUAAGUGCACAAGAAGACCUUAUUGUAUGGAUGCGGACCGCAGCACUUCCAACGUUUAGGAAGUUGUAUGGGAAGAUAGAAGUGGAUCUUAAGGCAGGUGAUACAAUCAAUGUGGUUCUAAAGAACAACUACAACACCUACAGUUUUAGUGGCAAGAAGAAACUUGUCCUUUCAACCGCCAGCUGGCUUGGUGGAAAGAACAACUUCAUUGGCAUUGCGUAUCUUGCUGUUGGUGGCUUGUGCUUCGUACUUGCUAUGACUUUCACUGUCAUAUAUUUGGUUAAGCCAAGGCGUCUUGGAGAUCCAUCAUAUUUGUCUUGGAACCGUAGUCCAGGUGGACACUGAUUGAUUUAUGCAAAGAAUGUGGUAAAAGGAUGCACGUGUGUGGUUGUAAGUAUUUAACCUGUUUUCUUUCCAAGUUUUACCACAGAAAUAUCAAUUUCUCUUUAAUAGCGUGUUAGGAACUGGUAAGUUGCGACUGCCAUAUUGUAAUGUAAGUUCGUAAUUAUUUGCUGAUUUGUGUUUGGAAAUUUAGUUUUAGGCGUUACAUUCAAAUUAUCAUGUACUCAUUUCUUGCUUUUAGGGAUUGUUUGGGAUUUGCGUAUUAAAACUACUUUAUCUGUUUAUUA